AUGGUCUUUCUGAUGCUGUCAGUAGUGGGAUUCACAGUUGGAAUAUUGGGCAAUGUGUUCAUUGGACUGGUACUCUGCUCUGAAUGGGUCAAGAAACACAAGAUCUCUUUAGUUGACUUUAUCCUCAUCAGCUUGGCUAUCUCCAGAAUCAGUCAACUGUUGGUGUUUUUGUUUGAAUCAAUUAUAAUAGGACUAUAUCCACAGUUAUUGGCCACUUAUAAACUAACAAAACUUAUUAGUUUCCUUUGGAGAAUAACUAAUCACUUGACUACCUGGCUUGCUACCUGCCUAAGCAUCCUCUACCUCCUUAAGAUAGCUCAACUCUCCCACUCCCUUUUCCUCUGGCUGAAGUGGAGAAUGAACAGGGUAAUUAUUGUGAUGCUUGUAUUUUCUUUGGUCUUUCUAGUUUUUGACUUUCUAUUGUUAGAAACACUUCAUAAUCUCUUCUGGAAUAUAGUAAAUGAAAGUAAUCUGACUCUAUAUUUAGGUGAAAGUAAAACUCUCUAUGUUAAAAGCGAGAGCCUUCUUAGCUUAUCCUAUUUCAUUCCUAUUGCUCUGUCUCUGCUCUCAUUGCUUUGUUUAUUUCUGUCCUUGGUGAAACACACCAGAAAUUUGCACCUCAACUUUGUGGUCUCCAGGGACUUCAGCACAGAGGCCCAUAAAAAAGCCAUGAAAAUGGUGAUGUCCUUCCUCUUCCUUGUCGUGGUUCAUUUUUUUUCCACACAAUUGGCAAGUUGGAUGUUUCUUCUGUUUUUCGACCACAAGUUUGAAAAGUUCAUCGUGUUAGCAGCAUAUGUCUUUCCCUCAGGCCACUCGUUCAUCUUGAUUCUGGGAAACAACAAGCUAAGAGAGCAAGCCUUGAAGGUACUGAGGCAUCUUAAAAGCUCCUUGAAAAGACAAAAUCCAUUUACGGAUGCACUUUCUAGAGUCUUUUCAAAGAUGAAAACUUAA